AUGGAGAAAAACCAAAGAUGUAGCAACAAAGACACAAACACAAACAGCAUUGGCUUUUGCCUUCUUCCUUCUGAGCUCAUACAAAACAUUUUACUUCAUCUUUGUAUACCUGAGAUCAUCCGAAUGAAACUACUCAAUAAGUUUGUUCUAACCACAAUCUCUGACCAAAGUUUCAUCCAACAACUCAACGGUGGAUCACAUAGAGACACGUGGAUCUUCGUCUACACGAGGCGAUGGCGUCGGGAUAACGGUGUGCUCCACGGGUUCUCGGACCGAUCUGUACGGUGGUUCAAGAUUCCGGUGGCUGAAAUUAUGACCGGAGAGGUUUUUCCCGGGGAAGAUUUGUAUCUACUAACAGCUAGUGGUAAUUUUCUUCUUUUUGCCUCUAAUACUCAUAGUGGAAUCAUAGCCGUUGAUUUGGUGGGCAAGAAAGUCACAAGAAUCGGAUCGUGUCCGUUAGGUCCACGUGGAACUUCAUCUUGGAGACGGUCCGGUAUGAAACUUGUACCCGAUCCAUCAUGCUCUGGCCAUUUCCGGUUUAUGUUCGCUGAGAUGGUCAAUAACCGACCGGUUCUGUUUACCUAUCGUUCAAAUACAACCACGUGGCAAACCAAAGAAGCAGAGGAUACAACAAAUUGGGAUUUCAAGAAAAAGAGUAACGUUUUCUUAAGCUUAUCAAAUCGACCUCACGAGAGUAUUGUGAUGAGCGUGGACGAUGAAUCGAUGAUCAAUCGGUUUCCCGCGAUUUUGCGGCCGAGAAUGAACCACGACGCGAUCAGAGAAUGCCCGUCAAGCGUCGGAUUCAGCAGGAACGAUCUCGACAGUCAAUUGUUACAUAUACAUGGAGAUGAAUACAAAGUGGUUAUUAGAUUAGACAAAAUAGAUACAUCAAAGAUGAAGAAAGUUAUGAAGAGUUUAGAAGUUUGGGAAAUAAGUUCAGAUGGUGAGAAGUGGGAGUUAGUGUCAAGAGCUCCAAGUGAAGUGAUAAGCAACAAGCCUUGUGGUGUGAUGAUGGGAUGCUUAGAGAGGAGAUUAAGUGUGAUUAGAGUGGCUCUAAUGACUAAUCAUGAAGGUUUAUGGAAUAUUAUAUGGUUGGAUUAUGAUAAGGAGAAGGAUAAGUGGGAGUGGGUCCCAUUACCUGAUUGUAGAUUCUUGCAAGGAUCAAACAUGGCCGGGAUUAGCUUCUCUUCUGGCCUAACCUUCUCUUUGUAA